ACCAAUAAAGAAACAAGAGGGAAGAAAAAGGAUUGGAUUUGGGGCUUCUCCACCUUCCUUCCUUCCCUAUCGCGCGCCAUUUUGACCCAUAGCCCCCUUCCUUUACUCGUUUCUACCACUCUGCCAUCGACUCCUCCUCUUCCCCUUCCCCUUCCCCACCACCAUCCUCUCGCCGCCGCCGCCGCCGCCGCCGGGGAUGGGAGGAACGCACUUCGCCGGUGACGACCUCGCCCACGAGGCCACCGGCGACGGAGACGUGUGCCGCCGCGACGUGGGCAAGAUGGAGCACGGGUGCGAGCAUUACCGGCGGAGAUGCAAGAUCGUAGCACCCUGCUGCAAGGAGGUGUUCCCCUGCCGCCAUUGCCACAACGACGCCACGGCUUUGGGUGAUCGGCAUAAUAUAUGUCGCCAGGAUGUUGAAAAAGUAGUGUGUGUACUCUGUGAUACUGAACAACCGGUGUCACAAGUGUGCGUAAGAUGUGGAGUCAAUAUGGGAGAAUACUUCUGUGAUGUAUGCAAGUUUUAUGAUGAUGACACAGAGAAAGGGCAGUACCAUUGCCAUGAUUGCGGCAUAUGCAGGGUUGGCGGCAAGGAAAAUUACUUCCACUGUGCAAAGUGUGGGUCAUGUUACGCUGUUGCGUUGCGUGAUAACCAUCAGUGUGUGGAGGAUUCAAUGAGACAGAAUUGCCCAAUCUGUUAUGAGUAUCUAUUUGAUUCAUUAAAAGGAACAAGAGUUCUUAACUGUGGACACACGAUGCACAUGGACUGUUUCGCUGAGAUGGUGGACCAUAAUAAAUACACUUGUCCAAUAUGUUCCAAGACAGCUCUUGAUAUGACAGUUCACUGGGGCAUGUUGGAUCAAGAGAUUGAAGCAACAAUUAUGCCUCCUGUAUAUCGUUACAAGGUUUGGGUUCUUUGCAAUGACUGCAACAAAGUCUCAGAAGUGGACUUCCACGUGAUUGGCCAUAAGUGCAGCCAUUGCAACUCAUACAACACUCGAUCGACGUCGCGGCCUGCAGAUUUAUCAGGAAGCAGUUCUCCGUCGACAACAGACUCAUCUUAAGACAGACAAGCUGUAGAGAAUACAUCAUACUGGUGUAUCACCUGGUCUGUGCAACCAAUGCCAGAACCAUACACAUAGAAGAAGCAUUGUUUCGCGGCAUGGCCCGUCUAGUAGUGUCAACCCCAUCCCUGGGCCAUUGCCGCUUUACCAUUUUACCAAGAUUCAAUUCAUCUCUUGAAUGGUCAGCUACUAGCGUAUUGCUGCAAACAGCAUUGCUUGAUUAUAUUCCCCAGGAGUUGAAUUCUGAGCUACUGUAAUCCAUGGGAAUUGUGUGUACGCUGCUGUUGUCAUGUCCCUGAUUGUAUCAUCCUCAAAAUUUGAGAGAAGUUUAUUAGAUUUUUACACCAAA